AUGUUGGCGGCUGUGAUGUUUGCCAAAGUUUAUCCAUUGGCAGCAACAUCAAAGGAUGCAACAGUCCGUCAGCCGAAGGAACUCGUUUGUUUCUCGAGAGAUGGCGACAAUGAGAUACACAUUGAUGAUAGUGAACUAAGAUACUACUAUCUACCAAACAGUGAACUCGAUACGCCUGGGGGUAUCGAUUUACAAGGGGGAUUUGGUAAUUUCAAAAAGAACCCAAAUAAUGAUGUGGGAGAAUUGGCAGGGUUGUUGAAAGCAGUUGAAUCUUACGAGAGAACAGUGGGUAAUAAAAUUCCCGUGAAUAUAAUCACGUGGCGAGGACUCAUGAGACAGUUGAUGAUGCUACCUUACGAAAACCGAGACAAGGUGGUGUUAAAUGUUGUUAUAUUUGAUGGUCAAUUGUUCAUUCAGGCCGAUGCACUGACUAUAAUGGCAUCGCGGAAAAUCGAGGAAUCGACUCUGACGGAGCUUCAUCGGCGUCAGAUCUUUUCUGGAUACAAGUUCGAAGCGAUAAGUACAUUGGAGAGUCCAUGGGCACAAUGUUCUCGUAAACAUAUUGAGAAGCGAAGCAAAAAAACGGUGAGUAACAUUGAGCAGUACUCGACGGUUGUUCGAACGACUAUUGGUAGGGCCAAACUGUUGUUAGGAGCUGAAGUUGAUUGUGCUUGGGAUUAUAAACCGGACCAUCACGACAUUGAAGAAGGUCAGAAAGCAGAUCCUUUGAGGCAUUAUGUGGAGUUGAAAACUACCGGAGUGGUGGACUCUCCCAACGCGUGUAGCAUCUUUGAAAAAAAGCUAUUAAAGACAUGGACCCAAUGCUUUUUAGUGGGAAUUCCUAAGGUGAUUUAUGGAUUUAGAGAUAACAAUCUGAUCCUUAGAUCUGUUGAACAAUUUAAUACCGAAGAGAUUCCUCUUUUAUUGAGAGAUGGACCUUUUCAAAGGUCACAGCAGGGAAGUCAGCAACGGCCUAUCAAUAAAUGUAUGCAUUGCCUCAAGUUUUUCAGUGGAUUGAUCAAUUGGAUUGCUGAAAAUAUACCCAAGAAUGACGAGGCCAAGACUUAUCGUAUCGAGUACGAUCCUGUUGCCAAUAAGAAUUAUAUUAAUGUUAGAGAAAACGAGGAGGAGCAUAGAGAUGUUGUUUUAAAGGUUUAUAGGGCGCUGUUGAAGAAUGCACUUCAUUUGGAACUACCGCUCGUAGACUAUAAAGGUCGUGCCAAUCUAUUGGAUAGAGUGAGGAAGUCUUUUCGAAAGCAGAAGCAGGUGAAUAAUUCGUUGGUAUGUCAAGAGCUCCUAAGAGAUGCAAUGGAAUGGAAUAAUAUAUUUUAUCAGUGGUAUGAAGAAAAGCCAAGUGAUACAGAUCCAAAGUAUUUGCAGCUAGUAAGAGCUGUUCAUCCAAAAAAGGUUGAAGAUGAAGUUGAACUUCAUGGCAUAUCAUUACUUAUACAGAAUGAUAAGAAGCAAAGUAUACCUUCAGAAGAAGAGAUUCUAAGCAAAAUAAGGGAACGGAAGUUGAACAGCUGGAUCAAAUUGUACAUAGAAAGAAGACAGGAGAAGAAUCUUCUACCCCGAAAGACAAAACUGGAUGCAAAGUAUGUGAAGGAGAUAUUGAAGUCUAAAGUUUUGUAUGAACGUCGAAAGAAGAUACUUUAUAGAGUGUCUGCAAAGUUACAUCGGCCUUCUACGGCAGGACUGAAGUGCGUUAAUGGAACGUUCAACGAUAUUACUGUGAUAUAUACACCUUGGAAUUCAAGGGUCUUCACAGAGAAGGGGAAUUUCAUUUACAAGCAGCGCAAAAGGCAUGACCAAUAUUUGUUGGAUCUGUUAGAUUAUGAAGAGUACAGAAAGAAAUGGAUCAACGUGUAUAAAGACGAGAUGGAAUGGGAAGAUACUGUGGAACAGUUGAGAGGUGGUUACCCACGGAAAGAUCGUAGCUGGAUGGAGUUGUUUCAAUGGUAUGAGGAUUAUCUCAGUGCGAUAUCGAGGGAUAUUGAAAGAGAUACCAUCACUUACAACAAGAGACAGUACUGUUAUUAUGAGAAGUUAAAGCCGCAGUUUGAAGAGAUGUAUGCGGAUUCUAAGAAGAAUAUGAAGAGGCUGAUGGAGGUGGUGAAGAGAAAUGAAGUUGGCCCAUAUACGGAUGCUGUUGGUGAGGAUUUGGGGCAGAUCAUGAAAGAGCAUGGAUUUAAGGAUCCAAGUGACCAAGAAAACGAUCAAUGA